UUCCAAAUAGUAAAUAUACAAAAAGGAAGCAGGGGGCGCUAUGCUUCAGGAAACAAGCGGAAGUAGGCUCAUGUCAUUAGGUAAUAGUUAACAGUGACCUGUCCGAGCGGGAAAACAUUGUAGGACUUCACGUUUGACUGGCAAAGCUAACCACUAAGCUAGCACGCAAGCUAACAGAGCUAAGUUUGACUGUAAACAAUGCUGGGUCGUAUGCUCUACUCGCUCUUGAACAACCUCCAGGUGGUGGAAAAGUUGGCAGAGUCUCGUCCCAUUCGCAGAGCUGCUCAGAUCACGGCCUAUGCCAUCACCAAAGCCCAGAUCGCGGGGCAGGAUGCGACCAGGCGGGUGCUCCGGUCCGAGACGCUGAAGCAGGUGCGACAGGAGGCCGGUCAGGUGCCACGGGACAUUGGGCAGGUGGGCUCCCGUCUCAAGAGAGUGGGAGACACGUUCAUAAACGAGGUGAAAGAGGGGCUAAAGGAUGGUUCCAGGCACAUCAAGAAAUAAGGAGAUCUAUAUGGACAAGUGACUGUGAUUACAUGCUGUCCUGUGGCAGUGUGACUGGACACAACAAAAUCUAUGUUUCACUGUUUGGGGGAUACUAAUUUAUAUAAAAGAUUUAUAAUUUUAAUAAAGGAAGGUGGAAUCAUG